AUGCAGAAUGUGCGGGUGCUGGACCAAUUACAGGCUGCAGAAGCAGCAGGCGGCGGUCGGCAGGCGGUUCCCUUCUCCCCCAUUACAGCGGCAGCACAGGAGGUGGCUGCUGCCUUCCUCAGCCUCAUGGAGAGCGCAACACCCGCUAGGGAUGAACAGAGGGGUGAAGAGGUAGGCUUUUGCAAAACGGAGAAAUGGAAACAUAGACUUUAUUUUCAAAGUAUCCUUCAAAUAUUUUUUAAUAGGACUGCCUUCAGAGGUCCUAGUUGCCUUUGA